AUGCAAUCUCCUCAGCCUCCGCUGAUUCCACUUCCAUCUUACUUCCAUACUGGCAUGACUAUUUCAACAUCAUCGAAAAGCCAGAGGGCCACAUUUUUAUCCAGAGGGCGUGCAAAAGCACACUCUUAUGCCGACGUUGAUGCAGAAAUGUACCAGGAACAGAUGACCACUGUUAAAGAAACCGAUGUUGUCAUUGCUAAGUUCGAUUACAAAGCAACUGAUAGCCAAGAACUUGACAUACAAAAGGGUGAGAAAUUGACACUGAUGGAUGAUACUCAACACUGGUGGAAGGUCAUGAACUCCUUUGGUCAAGUCGGCUACGUUCCAAGCAACUAUGUUAAGCGAUCCAAACAGGGUCUGUUUUCGAGUCUACGUAACACCCUCGGUCGACGAAAAAGUAGAACAGACCUUCCACCCCCAGCAACAGGCGCAUCAACGGGCGGUCGACCGCCUCCGGCGCAAACCAGCUCCGCACGUAACGGUGGAGUUUCGAGCGGAGGUGGAAAGGUCUCAAAGGCCAGUGCCGAAUCUCUCGACUACGUGGCGCCAUCGCUUCCGUCCUCCGGUUCGGGCCAAUCACCCGCCAAGGACAGCACCACCAUUGGUUACCAACCCGUCGUCGGCCCGUUCUCCUCUAAUGGCAUCAUCGACCCACGCUCAUCCUUCCUGCCUUCCACCCAACAGCUUCCACCCGCACAUCCCGGCCCCAGAGAUCAAUCUCCACAAAAACCGUUAUCCGAUGACGUUGCAUUGGAGGCUAAGAACGGUGGUGUUGGAUGGAGUACAGCUAAUUGUGGUGCUGGUACUGCCUCGUGGAAUCCUGACGUAGUGCCGAUGGCACGAGGAGGUGGACCUAUAGAUACUCACAGCAGCGGCGCUAGUAUUUCAUCGCGUCAAGUCUGCGUAGCGCGUUUCGCCUACACUGCCAGUCAGCCGGAUGAGCUGACCAUACAACGCGGUGACCGAGUGUGGGUGCUAGAGAAGAGCUCUGACGGUUGGUGGCACGGUGUGCUCCUCCCUCCAGAGGGUUCCGUCAUUUCACAACCCUCUCAACAGCAGCAGACUUCCGGCUGGUUCCCCUCUAAUUACGUCACUAUGGAAUCCACACAUAUAAAACCCUCGGUUCUCGGAAAUAACAGCAUCUGUCAACCGAAUAGCCUGAGUUGUGGUUCUCAAACAUUCGCCUCCAGCGCCCCUCAGAUGCCUCCCACAGCGAUGGGCACCAAGCCGAGCGCUCUGCCAAACACCUCCGUCACAUCUGCCGCUCCCAUCCGUGUCUCGUUUCCACCGCCGCAAGCUCCCACCCCCCAGGAGCCAUCGACAGCACCCUCCCUCGCCCCAUACUCAGCUGUACCCUUCCCCACCUCCACCGUACUUCCCCCUCUCCAGUCGCAACCAACACAAUCACCACUACCAUCAGCAGUACAACCACCGCAACAACAGCCACUCCAACUUCAACCCACUGCAUUUGUUGAUGGGACCGGCGAUGCAAUGGAUGACCGUCUCCGCUAUCGCGAAACUGUCCUCACACUCUAUCCUUUCACUAGAAAUCAGGUUGAAGAGCUCUCCUUCGCAGCAGAUGAGGUGUUGGAGGUACUCGACAAACCCGCUGACGAUCCAGACUGGUGGCGUUGCCGAAAUGCUGUUGGUAACGUCGGUCUUGUUCCAUGCAACUACAUUCGAGUCAUUAAAAACCCGUUUCCACCAACCCUUUCCUCAGUCCGAUAUUCACCCUCGGUCAGCGCUGUGGCGAUGGCAGGGGCUGCACCUCAACAAGUUACUGCUGGAGGCACUGGCGGCGCUAGCGGUGAAGAGGUGCGUUUGGCCUUUGCUAUGGCCUCUCCAAACGCUUCUGAGUUUGCUCGCAAGCCCUGGUAUUGGGGUGUCAUCUCACGCUCCGAGUGCGAAUCCAUUCUCAACAAUUUGGCCAUCUCUGGCGAAUUCAUUAUCAGGGACAGCGAAUCUCAUCUGCUAUGGUCCCAUAACCGCCACUAUCGGUUUAGCAUGGACGCACUUUUAGCUUGUUUUCGGGGCCUUGUGACCGCGUCUUGGCUCAAGGCCGAAGGAGGGCUGUGA